AUGGCUUUUCAGGAACUCCUAAAUCAAGUUGGCAGCCUGGGGAGAUUCCAGAUCCUACAGAUGACUUUCCUUUUGAUCUGCAGUUCCUUGAUAUACUCUCAUUUUCUAGUGGAGAACUUCACUGCAGCCAUACCUAGUCAUCGCUGCUGGGUCCCCAUCCUUGACAAUGACACUGUCUCUGAUAAUGACAGUGGGAUCCUGAGCCACGAUGCCCACCUGAGAAUCUCUAUCCCACUGGAUUCUAACUUGAGGCCAGAGAAAUGUCGUCGCUUCAUCCGACUACAAUGGCAUCUCCUUCAUUUGAAUGGAAGCUUUUCCAAUGUGACUGUGCCAGACACAGAGCCCUGUAUGGAGGGAUGGGUAUAUGACAGAAGCACAUUCAUUUCCACCACUGUGACUGAGUGGGACCUGGUGUGUGCAUCUCAGUCAAUGAAUUCGGUAGCAAAAUUUGCAUUUGUCAUUGGUGGUUUGAUAGGACAUAUUCUAGGUGGCUAUUUAUCAGACAGAUUUGGAAGGAAGUUAAUUUUCACAUGUGCUUUACUGCAAGCAGCCGUCUCUGAAACCUGUGCAGCUCUUGCUCCCACCUUCCUCAUCUAUUGCUUACUGCGCUUCGUAGCCGGGAUUUCUCAAUCAGCUAUAGUCACAAAUACUGGUUUGCUGAUGAUAGAGUGGACAAGUCCUAAGUUCCAAUCCGUGGUAAUGGCAGCGUUGUUGUGUAGUGGUAGUGUUGGACAGCUGCUAUUGGCAGGCCUGGCAUUUGCAAUUGGAAACUGGCGCAACGUCCAGCUGGCAUUGUCUACACCAAUAUUCUUCUUACUUAUACCCACAAGGUGGCUAUCAGAAUCAGCUCGAUGGCUGAUUAUGACUAACAAACCCCAGAAGGGCUUAGAAGAACUUAGGAAAGCUGCACACAUGAAUGGAAUGAGGAGUUCUGGAGACAGGCUAACCAUGGAGGUUGUGAGAACUACCAUGAAGAAUGAGCUAGAGGCCGCCCGGACAAAACUUAGUCCACGUGAUUUGUACCGCAUGCCCAACCUGCGCAAGCGGAUCUGUCUGAUGUCCCUGGUGAGAUUUGUAAUGUGGCUUUCAAUUACUGGACUGAUGGUCCACCUACAGCACCUGAGCAACAAUAUUUUCCUAUUGCAGUGUCUCUUUGGUAUAGUGAGCAUUCCAGCCAAUGUUGCUGGAAAUUGUUUGCUGAAUUACAUGGACCGUAGAAUAGGUCAACUGCUUCUCAUGUUCCUGUAUGGAUUCUCCAUUCUGGCCACCUUAUUUAUACCUCAAGAAAUGCAGACCCUGCGUAUCAUUUCAGCAACACUUGGAGGAGCAUUUUGUUCUGCCGCUUCUACCGUUAAUUUUGUGCAUGCAAAUGAGCUAUACCCCACUAUGAUCAGGGCAACAGCACUAGGAAUCAUCAGUGUUGCUGGUAGUAUUGGGGCAGCCUUGGCUCCCCUGUUUAUGAUCCUCACGACAUAUUCUGCAUCCUUACCCUGGAUCAUCUACGGAGUCCUCCCCAUCCUUGGUGGUCUUCUUGUCCUUCUCCUUCCUGAAACCAGGAAUCAGUCUCUGCCUGACUCCAUCGAAGAUGUGGAAAAUGAGUGA